AGAGUAGAGAGAGGAGAGCUGAGACAGAGAGAGAGAGAGAGAGAGAGAGAGAGAGAGAGAGAGAGAGAUAGGACUUCCUCCCCGAUUCGCAAAGUGAAGUCACUUCCCAAAAUUAGCUGAAAAAAAGUUUCAUCCGGUUAACUGUCUCUUUUUCUUUCCGCUACAACAACAAACGUGCACAGGGGAGCGAGGGCAGGGCGCUCGCAGGGGGCACGCAGGGAGGGCCCAGGGCGCCAGGGAGGCCGCGCCGGGCUAAUCCGAAGGGGCUGCGAGGUCAGGCUGUAACCGGGUCAAUGUGUGGAAUAUUGGGGGCCUCGGCUGCAGACUUGGCCCAAUGGACGGGACUAUUAAGGAGGCUCUGUCCGUGGUGAGCGACGACCAGUCCCUCUUCGACUCGGCGUACGGAGCGGCCGCCCAUCUCCCCAAGGCCGACAUGACCGCCUCGGGGAGUCCUGACUACGGGCAGCCCCACAAAAUCAACCCCCUCCCACCGCAGCAGGAGUGGAUCAACCAGCCGGUGAGGGUCAACGUCAAGCGGGAGUAUGACCACAUGAAUGGAUCCAGGCGCCAGCUGCCUCGUCACCCUGAAGCCUUUAUGCUGGCUUCACCUGUACCCACCCUUAGCAGUAGCUGAGCCCCGUGGCUGCGCGGGGCUCCUGCUCUCUGGAGGAGGCCGGGUGCUCCAGAGCUGGGAGAAUGGAGGGAAGUCUGGCAGGCGAGUGGGCGAGGGAGUCUCCGGUGGACUGUAGCGUUAGCAAAUGCGGCAAGCUCAUUGGCGGAGGCGAGUCCAACCCCAUGAACUACAACAGCUACAUGGACGAGAAGAACGGCCCCCCUCCUCCCAACAUGACCACCAACGAGAGGAGAGUCAUCGUCCCCGCAGACCCCACGCUGUGGACGCAGGAGCACGUGAGGCAGUGGCUGGAGUGGGCCAUAAAGGAGUACGGCCUGAUGGAGAUCGACACGUCCUUUUUCCAGAACAUGGACGGCAAAGAACUGUGCAAAAUGAACAAGGAGGACUUCCUCCGCGCCACCACCCUCUACAACACGGAGGUGCUGUUGUCGCACCUCAGCUACCUCAGGGAAAGUUCACUGCUGGCCUACAAUACAACCUCCCACACAGACCCAUCCUCACGACUGAGUGUCAAGGAAGACCCUUCCUACGACUCGGUCAGGAGAGGAGCAUGGAGCAACAACAUGAAUUCCGGCCUCAACAAAAGUCCCCCGCUCGGAGGAGCGCAGACGAUAAGUAAGAACACGGAACAACGGCCCCAGCCAGAUCCAUAUCAGAUCCUGGGCCCAACCAGCAGUCGCCUAGCCAACCCUGGAAGCGGGCAGAUCCAGCUGUGGCAAUUCCUCCUUGAGCUGCUCUCGGACAGUGCCAACGCCAGCUGUAUCACCUGGGAGGGGACCAACGGGGAGUUCAAAAUGACGGACCCCGAUGAGGUGGCCAGGCGCUGGGGGGAGCGGAAAAGCAAGCCCAACAUGAAUUACGACAAGCUGAGCCGGGCCCUCCGAUAUUACUACGAUAAAAACAUUAUGACCAAAGUGCAUGGCAAAAGGUAUGCCUACAAAUUUGACUUCCACGGCAUUGCCCAGGCUCUGCAGCCGCAUCCGACCGAGCCGUCCAUGUACAAGUACCCUUCUGACAUCUCCUACAUGCCUUCCUACCAUGCCCACCAACAGAAGGUGAACUUUGUCCCUCCCCACCCCUCCUCCAUGCCUGUCACAUCUUCCAGCUUCUUUGGAGCGGCGUCCCAAUACUGGACCUCCCCCACUGGUGGAAUCUACCCCAACCCCAAUGUCCCCCGCCACCCUAACACCCACGUGCCUUCACACCUAGGCAGCUACUACUAGAAGCUUCACCAUCGGUGGCCUUCCAGCCGAAGCCCUGUCCCUCGCACUUCCUGGAUACUUUGGACUCUAAAGGACAUGUGUGGCCUUGAAGAGGAAACAAAACUGGAUGUUCUUCCUUGUUGGAUAGAACCUUUGUAUUUGUUCUUUAAAAACAAUUUUUGUAAUGUUGGUAACUUUUUGCUUCCUCUACCUGAACCAAGAAAUGGGCCAGUACGCCAGUGUGUGUUCUCAGUCGCCUAUCAUCUUGUGAGUUGAAUAUUUAGAUUACUGGAAUGGUUAUGUCAUGGUUCUGAGCAAGAAGCUAUGCAUUUUCUUUAUGUUUUUAUGACCUAAGCAGUUUCUCGUCAACACACGGGUCUCAUCAUUGUAGGGUUCAUGGACUUAACCAGUCAUGUUCUGGUUUGAGACUUAUUGAAAAUAGAAGCUUAUAAUCUUAUUUUAGGAGGACCUAAUUCAGUGGAUGGCAACUGGAACACUGGUUGUAAGGCCAGUGAAGUUUUCACCCAACUGGAAUUUAAAAGAAAGAACGUUUGUGAGUAUUUAAGAAGCCAUGGGCAUUGCAGAACCCCCUCUGUGGGCAGUAUGCACUCGGCUGAAAUAGUCAAGAUAUAAACUAAGAAAUUUUAAUGCAAAUACAGACAUUCCUGAAAGACAGAGAAUUAAGUAACUUUUUUUUUAAUGAUGACAGUGGGUCCCAGAACUUAGAAGAGUCGCAGGGAUUUCUAAACUCAGACAGAUUCGCAAACGCUGUGCGUUUGUCAGGCCACCAGACCAGGGUCAACCAAUCAGAAGGCAACUUACUGUAUAAAUUAUGCAGAGUUAUUUUCCUAUAUCUCACAGUAUUGAAGUAAAUAAUUAAAAAAUUAAAAAGAAUAAAUAAACGAGUUGACCUCGGUCACAAAUGCAAUUUUACUAUCAGAUCAGUCGUUGUUAUUUUUUUAAAUGUAAUUUGUACAUCUUUUGUCAAUCUGUACAUUUGGGCUGUUUGUACGUUUUUAUAGCUGGUUUUUAAAAAGCAUAAUGUGACUAUUGCUGAAAAGAAAACAGGGCGUUUAAGUCACUGACUUACGAGAAAGAGAAGCACUGGUACAGUUAUUUAACAGGCGUGCAUAAGCAAGGAAAGGCAAACCAUUUAAAUCUUCAAUGCUUUGGAAAUGUUUGUAAAUAAAAGUACUGCAAUAAUCAUAACUCUGAAAAGAAAAGAACCAAACUUUCCCUUGUGGAGAUGAGGGAUUUUCCUGCUCUAUAUAUGCAAUAUAUUUUUUAGACAUUAAAAUAUAUAUAAUUUUGCAGGUAAUCGUUGACUUUUUUAACUAUAUGAAGUGUUAAGCUGACAACUGUCAAUGAAGACUAUGUUGUAAAAUAAUUUGACUAAAUAAAUUGUGCCUUCUUCUCUUAGAACUGAGGACGUUUCUUAUUUACCCCGCGUUAAGUCAAAGGAUUUUCCCAGGGGAAGUUUUCUAUUUAUCUCUUGCACCAUCAAGAAGUUUUCAAAUGUACAUACUGCAGCACAGCGGAAGGUACAAAAUCAAUGUGGUUUUUCAUUGUUGUUGACGAUGUUUGCAGUGAUUUUUUUAAUGUUAUUUAAACCUUCCUCCAGCCUAAAAGGGUUUUAUAAAAUGACAGCCAAGGCCACAAUCUCUGUCCAAGGAUCACAACAAAACAAACGGUCCAUCCAGACUUGGCCACGAGACUUAACCCUGGUGCCUCCCCCAAGCACUUCAGACCUAGGUGGCCGACCUUCUGAUACUCCGACAGAGAAUGAGAGCCCUGCUGCCUUCGGGUCCCAGGCCAGGAUUUUAUGGCCCAUGCAGACUUUAAGGUCUUUUUUUCUUCCCAAGGAAGAAACUUGCCUCAAAUUGCUUCACUGUUAGGUAGCUUGUUUUCAUUUCCUCUAUUUUACAAUGAAAAAGAAUGAGACCUGGGAAGUCCUUGAUGUUUGUUGCAAGGAAUUAGACUCACAGCGCUGCUAACCCUAUAACCUUCCCAGGGUAACACUAAGGACCUUUAGACAACAUGUCUACCUAAAUAAAAUGAGAUGUGUUCCAGAACAUUGGUCUCCAAUUUUUUUUGAUCUUACACCCUACCAUUAAAAAAAUGUGUUAAGCACAUAUUCUCGAUAUAUGCACAUUGAUUUAUAAAUCGUAUACACAAACUGUUACAUCAUUAUUUAUAUUAUAAAACAAGCAAAAAUAGGAAAAUUUAAAGGGUGACAUAAAACUAAACUGAAACUGAAAUU